GCGCUGGACAUGGCGAGUGCCCUCUCGUAGCCACAACACGAAACUGGCAACCAUGGCUGACGAUAUUCCAGACACUGGCGCGGUGUUCACGUUCGGCAAGUCGCGAUUCGCGGACAAUGAGCCGAGCCACUUCUUCAUCAAGAACGACCCCGUGGUCGCCAUCUCGUGCGGCGACGAGCACAGCGCCGUCAUCUGCCAGAAUGGCCGCGUGUUCGUGUUCGGGGGAAACGCUUGGGGACAGCUGGGGCUGGGCCACCGCGAGGAGGCGACGCGGCCCAGUUGUGUUAAGUGGCUCAAGCCCCAGCGCGCCAUGUUCGUCGCCUGCGGACGCGCCCAUACCGUCUUCGUUACAGAUACGAACGCGAUUUACACUGUGGGCUGCAACGAGGAAGGCCAGCUGGGCGCAGGCGACACGGAGCCGCGGAAUGUACCGCACCUCGUCGAGCUGGAAUCCACGCCCGCGCCCGUGCGACAAGUCUCCGCCGGCAGCAGCCACACCGCCAUACUCACAGAGGAUGGGAGAGUGUUCGUGUGCGGGUCGAACUCUGAGGGCCAACUGGGAGUGGGCGAGGGCAUGCGCAGCUGCAGCCGCCUCACCGAACUCAAGUUCAUGGAGCGCAUCGCCUUCGUGGAGUGCGGAUACUAUCACACAGUUUUUAUUACCGAAAAGGGUGCAGUUUUCGUAACGGGCGAUAAUGAGAAUCAAAAGCUCGGUAUCCCCAACACAGCCACUACGAUAUACUCCCCGGAGGUGCUUCCACUUAAUGUACCGAUCAAGAGCGCGUGUUGCGGCGCCAACCACACCUUUCUAUUGUCUAUGGACGAGAGUCAGAUCUUGGCAUUUGGUUCUAAUGAGAAGGGUCAGCUGGGGAUGCCGCAGGAAGUAGAAAAUGUCACCACCCCCACCGAGAUAGACAUGGAGAAAAUGUUCGAUGGGUACCAGCUGAAGCUAGUGGCUUGCGGUGCGAUGCAUACGGCUUUUGUCACAGAUAACGGUCUACUUUACACGUGCGGUGAGUCGCGACACAACAAACUGUGUUUAGAGGAGGCGGAGGACGUCAAUAACUCGAACGAAGCAGUACCUAAUCAAUACACGCCCAAGCGGGUCACCGCCAUGGACGGCUACAUCGUCGACAACGUGUCUUGCGGCGGCUGCCACACGCUACUCACUGCCACCAAGAGUUCACACGACGAUUUACUGAACAACGGAUUAAGUACAUCCCAAGAGCAAACCCAAAAAAUAUCUUUAAUCGAAUUACCGCCGCUACAAAAAAUACCUGGGCAAAAAAUCGGCGAUAUGUUGCCUGGUGACGUUCUGAAUUCCAACUACAAUGAAAACCACACGGACACUGUGAAUGCAAACAAUCACGAAGAAAUCGGAUCGAUAGAUUCAUUAGAAGCGAACGUGAGCGGUUCACAUAUCGUCAACAUAAACGACCUUGAUGAAACUGGUAGUACACACGGAAUACCGGACAUAAACAAAGAUGACAUGCAUUCGAGUUCGGUAGUAAAAGCUGAAAUAGAAGGAACGCCAUCGCCAGCGCUUUUAGAAAUCGAAACAAAGGACAUAUUACGAAACCCAGAUAAACUUAUUGAUGAAUCUAAGCAAGGAAUUGAAGAUGUCAUUCACAAUUUAGAGAAAGACACAGUAUUAAAAAUGGAAGUAGUUGAAGACAUUAUACAAAAGACGGAAGCAAAAUUAAAUCCAUUUCAUAAUGACGAAAAGACAACGCUUGAAAUACCUGAUAAAACGUCAGAAAUAGCAAACUCGCCGCCUCCAAAAUCGCCGAUUAUACAAGAUUUGCUCCAUAUACCAGAUAUAACACAAAUGAGCCCUAAUUUGAGCACCCAUAGUGAUGAUGGUCAGAAGAGUGAAACGGGACAGUCUGAAAACGAGACGAUUCUUUGUGCUUCCGACAAAUCUAGCCCUCAAGCUGGUAAAACUAAAACACAAGCAGUAAUGCCCAUAGUAAGAAGUGAAGAUCAUAUCGAUUCAAAUGAAGACACCCAUAAUGAAGACGUAGUAGUUGAAAAUAAACUCGAGGAAAAAGGUCGCUUUGCACGUCUCUUUCAAUCAAUCAGAGAGAAAGAGAAUUCCUGUAUGGGUAAAGGAAAAGUUAUAGAAGAGAAAGUUAUAGAAAACGUCCACAAAGGACUGGACACCGCGGAGGAGGCCGUGCACAAAGUAGAGGAAAGAGUCGAAACAGAAAUAAGGAACCAAACUAAUUCAAGAACCUGCAACAUUUUAUAA